AUGGCUGAUGUUAUCAGUAAUCGUACAGGUCAAAGCAAGAAAUCAGAAGAUGAACAAUUGGUUCUUAGUGAACGACUACGGCAGUCAUUGCAUGCAAUAGAAAAUGAAUUCGCUGAAAUCAAGAACAAACUGGAUCGAACGAAGAGAAUCCUCGAGAAGGCCGAACAGGAUCUGCUGCGAAACGAAGUCCUCUUAGCGGAAACAAAUUCAAAACUACGUGAAUCACAAAGCGAAUUGAUUGAGGCUAAAGCCAAACUCGAUCAAACAGAAAACCUGCUAAUUCAAACAAACGUUGAGCUCGGUGAAACGCAAAAUGAAUUGUUUGAAACAAAUCGUAAACUUAGCGAAACUCAAAUUGAGAUAGAUACACAAUUACGCACGAUCAAGCAAGACUUCAUGCAACUUGAAUCGAAUAUCAAUAAAAAAAAUCUUAGUUUUUAUUGUUUAUUGAUAGUAAUGCCGGGUCGCAAUCAAUUUGCCGACAAUUACUUUGCCGACAGGUACAGUUUACCGACAAAAAUUUUAUAA